AUGGCCCAAAGCGUCCAGAUGGUGCAGAAGAAGAGCAGUUCCAUGUCUCUGACCAUCGCUUCAUCUUCCUCUGCGUCGUUCACUAGGGAGCUUUCCUCCAGCUCAUCUUCAUCUUCCGCCACCCUCGCUUCAAGACACUCCAGCCUGCUGACACAGCCUUGUGUGAGCCCUCACAGGACUGAGAGUCUUGUCUGCACUGAACAUUCUGGCAGUGGAGUUCCUGCUACAUUUGUAAAGUGCCUCCACGAUGUGUGUGCGCUGAAGGGCCAGUUGGUGGUCCUGGAGUGUCGAGUCAGGGGGUCUUCUCCACUACAGGUCACGUGGUACAGAGAGGAUGAGCAAAUUCUGGAUUCUGACGACUUUAGGAUACUACGCAAAAAGGCCAGUUCUGCAUCCGUGCCAGAGGAACUCUGUACAUUGGUGAUAAGUGAAGCUUUUCCAGAGGAUUCUGGUGUGUUUAAAUGCAUCGCCCAUAAUUCCUUUGGCACAGACUCAUGCUCUGCCAUGCUGGACAUUUACAACGACCUUGAGGAGCAACUUGAGAUUGAGUCAAUUGGUCAACGGGAAGCAGAGUGCUUUAGGGAGGCAAAUGACGCAGAAUUCCACCUUGAGAGUGUUCCUCUUCACACUGGUGAAGACUUCCCUACUGUGCUGCCUGACUCCAUGAUUCUUACCCCGUCCGAUUGGCCCAGCAGCUCACUGGAAGAACACAUCACAGGUGAAGACGGGGUCCAGGAUCCUCUGCUAGUCAACCAUUCUUCUGAAGAUCACUUCCUCCACAGUCAGGACGAGUCAUCACUGCAUUCAGAGGUCCAUCAGUCACCAGAAUUACCAGUCUCUACGCCCAGCCCUCACCCACCAUCUUCACCCAUACCACCUGCACCAGUCAAAGAAGCCCCAACACCCAAGCUUUUCACUCCAAGCAAGCUUAGUUUCAAUUCCUCCCUGUCAGGAGGCAGCAACACUAUGAACCUCUCAGACCUACCUACUUUUAAGCCUGAUUCCUUCCCUCCUAGUGCCUUCAACUAUGCGCGGCCAAGACACUUUAUUCAGUCGCAGUCCGCCUUCCAGGCACCCAGCUAUGAAAGUGUAAUUAGGGAAGCUCAGGAAAAUCUGAAUAAUUCCCAAGUGAAUGCGACCAGUUCCAACCAUUGUUCCAGUAGUUCUGAAGUUCAAAGUCAAACUAGAAUGAUGUCUUCACAAAACCAGCCAAAGUCCUUGUCUCAGACUCAGUCGCAGUUUCAGUCAUUGAGCCUUAAUAUGAAUCAAACCCUACCGAAUGGGACAGGCAAGUCAUCUCCUUCCUCUUCCAGUCUAAGCUCCCCCAUUUCCACUUCAUCUGCUGCUCCUCUUCACUCAUCUACGUCACGCGUGACCAUGCGUUCAACUAUAACCCUCACCCCGAGCGUCCCGAGUGUUAGCGGGCUCGGCAGUGCCACUCUGCCGGCCAAUCAGGACGCCAUGUCGGCUCCGGCUGCCUACCUCUGCUCUGUUUUGCCCUCCCAGUCUUCUUUCUCACCUUACUCAAAACUCUCCCCAAAAUCCACCCUUCCCUGUUCCUCCACUUCCCCGUCCCGCUCACCACUAGCCCCUUCAAGCCCUCGCCUUCCUGUCAAAGAAGCAUCUCCUUCCCCCCCUAUUCAGCAGCCUCCUCCUCCUCCAUUGUCCCCUUCCUUUCCUCGCUCCAACCUCUCUCCCACCACCUCCACACUUCCUCAACCUAGUACACCUAGUCAUAACAGUGGCCCGCCUGCUGUGCUCUCUUUACCUGCCAACUACAAGGGAACACCCAGCACCCAUCCGAAGCCUGUUGUCAAAAAGACGGUAGUUUCUCGGCCAUCUUCCUCUCGCUCUACAGAUGAAGAAAUCCAGGGUUCCAAAGAUGCGCUUAUCCAAGAUCUGGAGAAAAAGUUGCGUUCAAAAGAGGUUAAAAGAAGAAACAGCCAGAAACUUUCCUAUGAGGAGCGUAUGGCUCGAAGGCUGCUGGGUCCAGAUAAUGCCAACUACAUGUUUGACCAAGACUCUCUUUCAGACUCCCAACCUGAUCAGCCAGACUCACCGGAAGGAAGGCACACUGGUGGGCUAUGGGGGAAGCACCACUCUGGGACAGAUGAGCGGGGGAACGAGGGAUCGGCUAUCCAGGAGAAAUGUUACGCCCCCCGCUUCCUGCAGACCCCUCAAGACCUUACUGUGGAGGAGGGACGCUUCUGUAGAAUUGAUUUCAAGGUUGGAGGCCUCCCCACACCGGAUGUCUGCUGGUACUUGGAUGGUAAAGCAAUACGUCCAGAUGACUACCAUAAAAUGCUAGUGUGCGAGAAAGGGCUGCACUCAUUCAUCAUCGAGAUUGUCACCGUGCACCAUGCUGGUGUGUACGAGUGCGUAGCCAGGAACCGUGCAGGGGAAGCCAGAUUUACCUUGAGGCUUGAUGUCAUCGCCCAGGAGGCUCUCCGUCCUCCCUGCUUUGUUCAAAAGAUGUCAAACUUCCGAGCUGUGGAAGGUGACACCGUGAGGUUAGAAUGCAAGGUCGAUGCGUCUCCUCCUCCGCAACUCUUCUGGAAGAAAGAUAAAGAGAUGCUACGCAUUGAUCCGGCCAGAAUGAGCUUGUACCAAGACGGCUCGGGCAGACAGUGUUUGCUGAUAGAGAGGGUGGCCAUGUCCGAUGCUGGGUGGUACACGCUCUCUGCUAUCAAUGAAGCCGGCAUGUCCACAUGCAAUGCCAGACUGGAUAUAAGCUGCCGAGCGGUUCCACCAAUGAAAACGGCGCCUCCUGGUUCCAAGGCAUUGAAACUGCUGUCAUCUCUGAGCCACGUGCCCGCCAGGACAGCAGAGCCUGCCACCCAGCACACCGCCCCCCUUUAUGAGAGUGAAGAGCUGUAG